AUGGCAGCUCCAAUCCCAAGAAGAUCUAGAGUGACAGAGGCUGACAGACGCCAUUUUGAUUUCGUGCAAAUGUUACAGCGUAUAUCGGAUGAGCUGACAAAGAACGAAACGAGGCUCUUGAAAUUGUAUUGUAGCCAUCUCAUUCCAAAAGGUAUUGCAGAAAGACUUAAAAAGGCGCUUGACGUUUUCCGCAAGCUGAUAGAACUGGAUAAGAUAGACCAGGAGAACCUGGACUUUCUUGAAGAGAUCUUAGAAAGAAUGGGGCGACCAGAUCUGGUGAGGAACGUUCUGAGGCCGUUCCAACCGCCUGGCCGACGUAUUCCGGAAAAUCCCGACCUAGAACCGGGAACAAGUAUUGAUGGUGCAAGUACUGAUGGUGCAAGUACUGAUGGUGCAAGUGCUGAUGGUGCAAGUGCUGAUGUAACUGACACGUCCGACGCCUUCUUGGUGGUUCACGGCCAAAGACACAUGAUCCAGGAAACCAUAGAUCGUCACAGACACAAUCUGGCGUCGAUGUGUGGGGCUAGUAGGUCACAGAUCAAGUUCAGAGGUUACAAGAAGGGAAGAAGCAUCCUGGUGCACUACACCAUACCGCGGGAGAGCACAGAGGUGCUGAGGCUCAUGGCGAGUUACCCCGACCCAAGACUUGUAUUCAUGGGCGUCACGUCACUGCAGAUCGACGCUGAAGCACCAAUCAAAGUCGCACAGGGGGCGCUUUUCAACGGUAUCAAGAGACAGCACACUGUCGAUGACAUCAAAGUGGGCUGCAGUACCCGCACCAAGCAGCAGAGGGCGCCCAGGAACUGGACCCGCCUGUCCGCUCUGAACCUGUUCUCGGACGCCCUGCCUCUCCAUCUGCAGGUAGCUGCGAGUCUGGAGUACCAGGGCUUCUCCUAUAGCCUGGUCCAGGCUCUGGUGCAGAAGGAUCAGCUCAGAGAACAAGAGAUGAAGAAGAAGGAUCAGCUCAGAGAACAAGAGAUGAAGAAGCUCAUCCAAAAGGCAGAAGUGGAUUCCAACACGUUCAUGACCUUGCGCUCCAAGCUGACCAUUUCAGAGAACAGGUUGAAGGAAGUCCUUGAGGCGAACGCAGUUCUAGAAAAGAAGCUCCAGCAGGCCAGAGAAUACGCCGAAAAAGCCGCAAAGCAGGUCACUUCUCACGUGACGGAGAACAGGGGAGAGAAGCCUCCUGGCGGCUGGUCACAGGAGUACAGGGGAGAGAAGCCACCUGGCGGCUGGUCACAGGAGUACAGGGGAGAGAAGCCUCCUGGCGGCUGGUCAAAGGAGUACAGGGGAGAGAAGCCUCCUGGCGGCUGGUCAGAGGAGUACAGGGGAGAGAAGCCACCUGGCGGCUGGUCACAGGUCGAGAAGGCAGAUGUAGCUACACAGACACACCUAGCGAGUGGCGCAGGCACUACAGGGGUUGCAGUAGAUUCAGGUGACACUGCAAAGGAAGAAUCGGCUGCAAAGGACACAAACAAGAACAAGGAAAGAGAUGAAAAUGUGGACAAACUAGCAGAGCAAAACCGACCCACGUCAGCAGAGGCAGAGGGAGCGACACCUCGUACUACUGAAGACUUCAGACAGGGUAAGAUCACUUACGGCGGGUUCGGAUCAGAACCUGGGAAAUUUCAGUACCCGCGCGGCGUUGUGGUGUCGCCUAGUAACGAGAUAUUUGUGGCUGAUAAAGGCCACAGGCGAGUCCAAGUCCACACCACAGAGGGGGUUUACCUCCGCCACUUCCCAACAGUCGUACCAUGUACAGAGGACAAGGACAUGGGGCCAGAUGAUGUUUCUAUGGACGUUAACGGCACACUGUGGGUAGUGGGGCGUGGUGAAUCAGCUGAUCAUGUUGUACAGUACAGCACGGACGGGACCGCCAUGACACAGUUUCACCUUAAAAAAAUCCGACCAUACCGCGGGAUUGCAGUGAACAUGCGCAAUAACCACAUCCUGGUGACUGAUGCAGUCCGUGGUGAAGUUGAGGUGUUCCGUCCGGACGGCUCUCUGGUGCGGAGGUUCGGACAUCAACGGGGUGAGAUGAGUUACCCGCUGUACGUCACUAUGGACGGGGAAGGGAACAUCCUUGUGUCGGACUUGGGCACUAAUUUUGUCUACAUGUAUGACGAGUCCGGGAAGUUCCUGCUGAAGUUUGGAGGUCCGGGAAGAGGUGAAGGUCAGCUACAGGAUCCCCACGGCAUCUGUACAGACAGCUCUGGUCACAUCAUCGUGGCGAACUUUUGGAACAAGACGGUACUGAUGUUCACACGUCACGGCGAGUAUGUCCGGACCAUUGAGACUGGGUUUGAGCCACAAGGCGUGGCCGUGGGACCGGAAGGACAGCUGGUAGUGACUAAUUGGCAUAACGAUUCAGUGAUAAUUUUCCCCAGUUAUCUAAUGGCCGCUCCAAUCCGUAGCAGAGUGACAGAGGCUGACAGGCGCCAUUUUGAAUUCGUGCAAAUGUUACAGCGUAUAUCUGAGGCCCUGACAAAGACAGAAACGAGGCUCUUGAAGUUGUAUUGUAGUCAUGUGAUUCCAAAAGGCAUUGCAGAAAGACUCCCUCAAGCGUUUGACGUAUUUCACAAGCUGAUAGAACUGGAUAAGAUAGACCAGGAGAACUUGGACUUUCUUGAAGAGAUCUUGGAAAGAAUGGGGAGACCAGACCUGGUGAGGGACAUUCUGAGGCCGUUCCAACCACCUGACCGAGAAGUUCCGGAAAACCCCGAACUAGAACCGGGAACAAGCACUGAUGGUGCAAGUCCUGAUGGUGCAACUUCCACGUCUGAUGCAUACUUAGUCAUUCACGGUCAAAGAAACAUGAUCCAGGAAACCGUAGAUCGUCACAGGCACAACCUGGCAUCACUUUGUGGCACAAGGAGGUCACAGGUCAAGUUCAGAGGUUACAAGAAACACAAGAGCAUCCUGAUGCACUACACUAUACCGCGGGAGAGCACAGCGGUGCUGAGGCUCAUGGCGAGUUACCCCGACCCGAGACUUGUAUUCAUGGGCGUCACGUCACUGCAGAUCGGCGCUGAACCACCAAUCAAAGUCGGACAGGGGGCGCUUUUGAACGAUAUCAAGAGAACGUGUACCGUCGAUGACAUCAAGGUGGGCUGUAGUACCCGAACCAAGCAGCAGAGGGCGCCCAAGAACUGGACCCGCCUGUCCGCUCUGAACCUGUUCUCGGACGCCCUGCCCCUCCAUCUGCAGGUAGCCGCGAGUCUGGAGUACCAGGGCUUAUCCUAUGGCCUGGUCCAGGCUCUAGUGCAGAAGGAUCAGGUCAGAGAACAAGAGAUGAAGAAGAAGGAUCAGGUCAGAGAACAAGAGAUGAAGAAGAUGGAUCAGCUCAGAGAACAAGAGAUGAAGCAGCUUAGCCAAAAGGCAGAAGUGGAUUCCAACACGUUCAUGACCUUGCGCUCCAAGCUGACCAUUUCAGAGAACAGGUUGAAGGAAGCUCUUGAGGCGAACGCAGUUCUUGAAAAGAAACUCCAGCAGGCCCGUGAAUACGCCGAGAAAGCCGCCAAGCAGGUCACCUCUCACGUGACGGAGUACAGGGGAGAGAAGCCACCUGGCGGCUGGUCACAAGAGUACAGGGGAGAGAAGCCUCCUGGCGGCUGGUCACAGGAGUACAGGGGAGAGAAGCCACCUGGCGGCUGGUCUGCACAUGUUGAGGAGGCAAAUGUACCUACACAGACACACCUAGCGGCUCGGGAGGGAACUGCAGGAGUAGGAGUAGAUCCGGGUUACACCACAAAGGAAGAAUCGACUGCAAAAGACGCAGAGAAGAGCACGGAAAGUGACGAAAAUGUGGACAAACUAGCAGAGCAAGAGCGACCCACGUUAGUAGGGGCAGAGGGAGCGGCACCUCGUACUACUGGAGACUCUAGACAGGGUAAGAUCACUUACGGCGGGGAGGGAUCAGAACCUGGGAAAUUUGAGUACCCACGCGGCGUUGUGUUGUCGUCUAGUAACGAGAUAUUUGUGGCUGAUACAGACAACAGGCGAGUUCAAGUCCACACCCAAGAGGGGGUUUACCUCCGCCACUUCCCAACAGUCGUACCGGGUACAGAGGACAGCGACAUGGGGCCACAUGAUGUUUCUAUGGACGGUAACGGCACACUGUGGGUAGUGGGGCAUGGUGAAUCAGGCGAGCAUGUUGUACAGUACAGCACGGACGGGACCGCCAUGACACAGUUUCACCUUCAGAAGAUCGGACCAUACCGCGGUAUUGCGGUAGACAUGCGCAAUAACAACAUCCUGGUGACUGAUGCAGACCGUGGUGAAGUUGAGGUGUUCCGUCCGGACGGCUCUCUGGUGCGGAGGUUCGGACAUCCACAGGGUGAGAUGAGAACCCCACUGUACAUCACUGUGGACGGGGAAGGGAACAUCCUUGUGUCGCACUGGAACACUGAUUCUGUCUACAUGUAUGACGAGUCCGGGAAGUUCAUGCUGAAGUUUGGAGGUGAGGGAAGUGGUAAAGGUCAACUGCAGUCUCCCCGCGGCAUCUGUACAGACAGCUCGGGUCACAUCAUCGUGGCGGACCGUGGGAACGAGAGGGUACAGAUGUUCACACGUCACGGCGAGUAUGUCCGGAGCUUUGAGACUGGGUUUAUGCCAGAAGGCGUGGCCGUGGGACCGGGAGGGCAGCUGGUGGUGACUAAUAUUGAUAAUCAUUCAGUGACUAUUUAUCCUAGUUAUCUGUAA